GCGGCAGACGCAUCGUGAGUGGUGCGAGUGGUGCGAGACGUCCGCACGAUACGUGCACUUGUGUUGUAAGUUGUGCGUGGUGAGUGUUCGGCGCUAGGCUACUAACCUUCGGGCUACUUCGACCGGCGGCGCAACCAGUUUAUCAAGGAUGUCAGCCAAGGCUAUCAAUGAGGCUACGGGCAAGCGGCUGCUCAACGAGCACCUGGCACCAGGUGUGGCUGCUCCCUGCGAGUUUGCUGUCGUGAACCCUGACACCCGCUGGGAGACCCUACGCAACAGCCACCCCUGGCUGGCCACACAGAAGCUUGUGGUGAAGCCCGACCAGCUGAUCAAGCGUCGGGGCAAGCUGGGCCUGAUUCACGUCAAUGGCGACCUGAAAAGCGUGCAGGACUGGGUUCAGCAGCGCAUGGACAAGGAGGUGGAGGUUGGACGAGCCAAGGGAAAACUACGGCACUUCAUCAUUGAACCUUUCUGCAAGCACUCCCAGGAUGAAGAGGCGUACGUGUGCAUCUAUUCUCACCGUAAUGGAGACACCAUCCUGUUCCACCACGAAGGAGGCGUCGACAUUGGCGACGUGGACUCGAAGGCCCUCCGACUGGAGGUUCCCAUUGACCACAAGCCAAGUGCCGAAGAAGUGACCAAGGCACUGCUCACCAAGUUGCCACAGAACAAACAAAGUCUGGUGGCCACAUUCAUCUGCUCGUUGUACGACGUCUACGUGGACCUGUACUUCACCUACCUCGAGAUCAACCCUCUGGUGGUGACCGGUGGCCAGGUGUACAUCCUGGACCUGGCAGCCAAGUUGGAUGCCACAGCUGAGUUUGUGUGCAAGCAGAAGUGGGGCGAAGUCACCUUCCCACCACCCUUUGGUCGAGACGCCACCACCGAGGAAGCCUACAUUGCUGAAUUGGAUUCCAAGAGUGGUGCAUCCCUCAAGCUGACGGUGCUGAAUGCCAAAGGCCGCAUCUGGACCAUGGUUGCGGGAGGCGGUGCCUCGGUCAUCUACAGUGACACAGUGUGUGACCUGGGCGGAGCGAAUGAGCUGGCCAACUAUGGCGAGUACUCCGGCGCACCCACCGAGCAGCAAACGUACGAGUAUGCCAAGGUCAUCCUGGGCCUGAUGACCCACUCGGAGAAGCAUCCCGACGGCAAGGUGCUCAUCAUUGGAGGUGGUAUAGCCAACUUCACCAAUGUGGCGGCCACCUUCAAGGGCAUCGUGAAGGCCCUGCAGGAGUUUAGGGAGCGCCUGGUUGAGCACGGGGUGUCGGUGUUCGUGCGUCGGGCGGGCCCCAACUACCAGGAAGGGCUGCGCGUCAUGAAGGAAGUCGGCCGCACCCUCGGCGUGCCCGUGCACGUGUUCGGCCCCGAGACCCACAUGACGGCCAUCGUGGCCAUGGCCAUGGGACGACGCGAGGUGCCCGACAUGCCCGAGCCUAAUGUCACCACGGCAAACUUCCUCCUGCCCGGUGGCAUGAAGACCCCUCCCCCUCCAUCGAGCCCCAAGAAGGAGAUGAGGCGGCCCGUGUUUCCGGACCAUGCGGGCGACCAGCUGGGACCCCAGCAGCCGUGGUUCACCCCUCGCACCAAGGCCAUCAUCUGGGGCAUGCAGACGCGUGCAGUGCAGAGCAUGCUGGACUUUGACUUUGUGUGCUCGCGCCCCGAGGGCUCCGUGGUGGCCAUGGUGUACCCAUUCACGGGCGACCACAAGCAAAAGUUCUACUGGGGCCACAAGGAGGUGCUGCUGCCAGUCUACAAGAACAUGGCAGACGCCAUGAAGCGCCACCCGGACGCUGACGUGCUCAUCAACUUUGCCUCUCUGCGGUCGGCCUACGAGAGCACCUUCGAGACGCUUCAGUACCCACAGAUCCGCACUAUCGCCAUCAUUGCCGAGGGCAUCCCAGAGAACAUGACGCGCAAAAUGAUCAAGGCGGCACACAGCAAGGGUGUCAACAUCAUCGGCCCUGCCACCGUGGGAGGCAUCAAGCCUGGUUGCUUCAAGAUUGGCAACACUGGUGGCAUGAUGGACAACAUCCUGGCCUCCAAGUUGUAUCGACCGGGGAGUGUGGCCUACGUGUCUCGAUCAGGUGGCAUGUCUAACGAGCUGAACAACAUAAUCUCUCGUGCCACCAACGGUGUGUACGAAGGGGUUGCCAUUGGCGGUGACCGGUACCCCGGCACUACAUUCAUGGACCACCUGGUACGCUACCAGGCUGACCCCCAAGUCAAGAUGCUUGUGUUGCUUGGAGAGGUCGGUGGUGUUGAGGAGUACGAAGUGUGCGAGGCACUGCAGUCUGGUCGACUGAGCAAGCCCCUGGUAGCCUGGUGCAUCGGCACGUGCGCCUCCAUGUUCUCCUCUGAGGUUCAGUUUGGUCACGCCGGUGCGUGUGCCAACUCGAGCCGCGAGACGGCCUCGGCCAAAAACGAGGCCCUGGCCAAGGCGGGUGCCCACGUACCGCCCACCUUCGAUGCACUCGGCGACACCAUCAAGAGUGUGUAUGACGACCUGGUGGGAGCUGGCGUGAUAGUGCCUUUGCCCGAGGUUCCACCCCCGACUGUGCCCAUGGACUACAACUGGGCCAGGGAGCUGGGCCUGAUCCGCAAGCCAGCCUCGUUCAUGACGAGCAUUUGUGACGAGAGGGGCCAGGAGCUGCUGUAUGCAGGCAUCCCCAUCACGACAGUCAUCGAGAAGGAGCUGGGCAUCGGAGGUGUGCUGAGCCUGCUGUGGUUCCAGCGUCGCCUGCCCCAGUACGCCUGCAAGUUCCUCGAGAUGGUGCUCAUGGUGACCGCCGACCACGGACCGGCCGUCUCGGGUGCCCACAACACUAUAGUGUGUGCCCGUGCGGGCAAGGACCUCAUCUCGUCCCUCGUCUCCGGUCUUCUCACCAUCGGUGACCGGUUUGGAGGUGCCCUGGAUGCAGCUGCGCGCCAGUUCAGUGAGGCAUACAACAGUCGCCAGAUUCCCAUGGAAUUUGUGAACAGCAUGCGCAAGAAGGGCAUCCUCAUCAUGGGCAUCGGACACAGAGUCAAGUCGAUAAACAACCCAGACAUGCGGGUGAAGAUCCUGAAGGACUAUGUGAAGAAACACUUCCCUGCAACGCCUGUGCUGGACUACGCACUUGAGGUUGAGAAGAUCACCACCUCCAAGAAGCCAAACCUCAUCCUGAAUGUGGAUGGCCUAAUUGGAGUGGCAGUCGUCGACCUCCUGCGGAGCAGUGGAUGCUUCACGCCGGAGGAAGCUCAGGACUACAUCGAGAUGGGUGCCCUCAACGGCCUCUUCGUGCUUGGCCGCACCAUCGGAUUCAUUGGACACUACCUGGACCAGAAGCGGCUGAGGCAGGGCCUGUACCGCCACCCGUGGGACGACAUCUCGUACGUGCUUCCCGAGACCGAAGGCUACGACCAAAACUGAGGCACCAUUGCAGAGCGGCAUAUUGGGCUCCCCAGCGGAUGCCUAUUUAUUUGCACUCCCAUCCUUCGGUGUUGUGCCUCCCCUCACGGACCGUGCCACCACCGCUUUGGUUACAAGAACUGUUGUUGUUACUUUGUCAUUUGACGACCCAUUGCGUGUUGUGCAACGGCCGUCGUGUACUACUCGUGCCCGUACUUGCGAACCCACCUCUUGUUUCUCAACUCAUCCGGUCACACGAGAGCAGGCGAGAAUUGGGAGUGGAAAAUAGGACGACUGGCGGAUUGACACACUCGCUGCAGCGAGUUCAAAUGGCAAAGUGCGUCCCCGCCGUCAAAGGUGGCCAGGCGUGCGCAAGAUGCCUUUGGCAGAGCGUGCUGCCACUGCCUGCCACGAAAGGCACACAUUAUUUGGUGACCCGGUGUUGCCGAGAUUGUUAGACGAGAAGUGGCUAGGUCGCUGCUGGCCACAUCACCUGCCUCUGGGGUGCCUCGCAGUAUUUUGCCUUUUGUUCUUGUCACAGAGAUCAUACUUGUUUCUUUACUACACCUAACAAUUCAUUCUCAAUUUCUUGUUUCUUGUCCGUUUCUACGAAUAACCCUAACUGCUCACGUAAUUGUCCAGAAACAACCGUAAAGAAAAUAUAUGAACGCAAGUGCUUCUUUACUGGCUGCCUUGUGACCCUGUUAUCUUCAUCUCUGUGGUGUUGGUGCUUCGAACACUGCAGUAUUUGCCGAUCAUUCACUUCAUGUGUGGUGAUGUUGUCUGAAUGACUUCUUUUUUUUUUUUUUUUUUUUCUGGGCGAUCGCAACGCUGUUGUUACAGUCGGCCUGCCUGAUGCCACUAGGCGAUUUGCCCAAGGUGCUUGCCUCUCCAACUCAACUCUUCUCAAGUCUCACACCACCUCAACAUUCCAAGCAUAUCGACAAAAAAAAAGAAAAAAAAAACUUUUUCGUUUGCAUGAACUCUCUUGUUAGAUGUCAUUUGUAUUUUUUUUUCCCCAUGUGAACCGAAGGCAACGACCAGCAUCGGAGCUAGUUGUUUCAGCUCUGUGAAGAUUAUUUUUUAUUUUUGUUACAAAUUAUACGAGCAUUUUAUAAAUCUUUGUUGCAUCACUGUGAUCUUUUACGUGUGGAAUGGCAGCAAAUUGUUUUUCAUGAAGAUGGUGCCAAGCUGUGCUUUUGUGCGGGAUUUCAGGUAUUGAGAUGCAUAAAGCCCACUGAUUGGAUUUAACAUUCAAACAUGAUGUCCACAUAAGCAGGCAGCUCUAAACUACCUGAAGGCUUGACUGCAAAGUCUGGUUGAGUUCUGUAAUACAUAAGGUGCACUUCUGGUGCUGUUCCAAAGCUUGUUCCACAGACUGGGGGCCUUGCUAGGUUUCAAAAUGCGAUGACAAUCAAGUGUCUGCGUCGCACAGCUUAUUUUUGUGUGAUCAACACACCUGUCCCCUUGCCACUUGGCUGCGCUGUGGCGUAGUUGUGUGCACUAAAAAUUCCCACCUGGGUCCGAAGCCAGAAAAUUCUUGGCUCGUGUGCGACGCCCUUCCAACUAGUCCCGGUGCCCAAGGCCUUUCUCAAGAAAAGCCAAUCUUUUAGGACUCUUAAGACACGCUUACAUUGUCCCCUUACUUAACGGUGUCAUCCAGAAUAGGUACCCGCAGUUGCUGACAGCUGUAGGUAUAAUGUGCUUUUGCCUCGCUGUUGCAUGCAGUGGCAAGAUAGUUGGCGAGUCGGUCCACGGGUGUGUGUGUGUGUAGAGCAUGGAACCUCUUGUAGGGUGUGCAGCUACUGCUGCUACUGUCUUAGGCAGUGCGGUCCCAUCGUUUAUUCUGCUGCUGUUGGUGAUAGUGUGCAGUUGUCGUGGCAGUGAAUAAAAUUAUUUGUGGAUGUCUGAA